AGUGGAAGAGACCUGAUUGGAUGGCUGCCUGUGACGCAGGGGACGUGAAAAAGCUGAUAACUAGUUAAGAAGGCAGUUUGUAACUCAGGAAAAAGAGUGCAGAGCUUGAGACUAUACAUCACGCAGUGGACGUGGACGAACCGGCGCAAACACACAGAGCUCAGCCUUCUUGGGGGCAGAGUGCGGAGGGCUGAUCGACACUGCAGCGCCCGGACGUGAAACGGAGCACAAUGGUGCAGCACACAGACAACAGCGAGACGGACGGGAGCAUGUCCAGAGAGGCUACCGACUCGGAGGAGAGUGAAUUUAUGGCAUGCAGCCCCGUGCCGAUAAACCCGGACUGGUGCAAGACAGCCACCGGUCACAUCAAGAGACCAAUGAAUGCAUUUAUGGUGUGGUCCAAAAUCGAGAGGAGAAAGAUCAUGGAACAGUCGCCGGACAUGCACAACGCGGAGAUUUCCAAGCGCUUGGGGAAGAGGUGGAAGAUGCUCAAGGACAGCGAAAAGAUCCCGUUUAUCCGAGAAGCCGAGAGGCUGCGGCUAAAACACAUGGCUGACUACCCCGACUACAAGUACAGACCCAAGAAAAAACCAAAGCUCGACAGUUCAAAAUCAUCAGCACCGUCUCCGGAGAAGUGCGGUAAAAUUGCAAAGACUCCCAGCAAGAAGUGUUCAAAGAUAAAGACUAAGAGCGGCUCCAAGUCCUCUCACGGCUACGGGGAGGACUGCGUGUUUCCCAGCUUAAAAGUUACAAAGACUGUGAAAAUUGAGCUCACCGAUGAGGACGAUGACGACGAGUACGAAGAGGACUACCGGAUGGGGAUUAAGGCGAGGGACGAGGAGCGCCUUAGGCCCUACAAUGUAGCCAAAGUUCCUGCGAGCCCAACUUUGAGCUCCUCGCCCGAGUCCGAGGGGACGAGCAUGUACGAAGAAGUGCGGAACAACAACAGACUGUUUUACAAUAUCAAAAACAUUACCAAGCAGAGCACAUUGCACGCUGCUUCUGUCUCACCAGCAUCCUCCAGGUCGGUCUCCACAUCCUCCUCCUCCUCCUCCUCCUCCUCCAGCAGCUCCUCUUCCGGCGAGGAGGCGGACGAUUUGCUGUUUGACUUUAGUUUGAAUUUCGCCCCCAGCGCCCCAGGCUCGGAGCUGGGCAACCCCAAUUCAGGAAACCUCUCCCUGUCUCUUGUGGAUAAGGACCUGGACUCUUUCAGUGAGGGCAGCCUGGGCUCUCACUUUGAAUUCCCAGACUAUUGCACGCCAGAACUCAGUGAGAUGAUUGCCGGGGACUGGCUGGAAGCGAACUUUUCCGACCUGGUCUUCACAUACUGAAUUGAAAAAAAAAAAAAAAAAGUUCCUCUAGUAAUAACAGAGAAGGAAGAAAGUAAAUUAUAUAUGUGUCCUGGUCAAGUUGUCCCUAGCCCUGCCUCCUGUGGGUUUUCUGAAGGGUCCUGGAGGGAGGUGGAGGACCAGGAGGCGAGGUGAGGUUUGAGGAAUGAGAUGCUUAUGAAGCUGGUAGCAAAAAAGAAAAGAAAAAAAGAGCAAAGUCUGCAGACGGUUUUUUUCUGGCAGCAUGACAGGGUUUUAUGGAUUUUUUCCCCCGUGGGUCUGCAUUUACUGUUCAGCUUAAACGGACCAGAAAGGGAAAAAAACGUGAACUUCUAUGCAUCUUAUCCUCUUUAAAACUAAAUAACUGCAGGGAGCUAAAAAAAAAACGGACUGGACAGACUCAAAGCAAAUCUGUGAACUGACAAUUGUUCAGGAUGUUACUUUACAACGGUUUAUGUCAUUUCUAAAUGCCGCAAAAAUGUUUGUUUGUUUUUUUGUAACUGAUUCAGUUUACCUCCUGGUUUGGUAAAUUUAGCAGCCUAAACCUCUGCAGAAUACAGGUGUGGAGGAAACAUUUUGAUACAUAACAGACCUCAUCUUUUUAAAAGAAAAGUAAGAUAUUUUCAGGCAUAUUUUUGUACAGUUAAAAGGGAAUGUUCUUACUGGGCUUUCAGUGAGUUUCAGGCACUUCUUCCCUUUAUCAUUUGUUUUUAGCAUGCAAGGGAGUCCUGGUUUUAAGGAUUAAGUUAAAUUAAAACUUGCAUCAAAAAUGCCUUGUGAUUUCAAACUAGGUUUUGUACAGUUGUAGAGCAGAUUUGUUGAGUAUUUGUAGACGAUACAAUGGCAUCAUGGGGAACACAUACCUCAGAGCUGGAACUAGUUUCAAGAUUGUAUAUGUACUGUAAUAUAGUAAAGUUAGGAGUUUAUGUAUAUCAUACUCGUGAUAUGUGGAUGGGUCCCAAUCGCAGGUGUGAAACUGGAUUUUGGUAUUUUUUAUGGCACAUACUGUUUUUUUUUCCCCUUCUCAUUUUUUGUGCAAUAUAUACUCUUAAGAUACAGACCAUCAACAAUUGUAGCAAGUGAUGGAAAAACAGACUUGUGCACUGUCAACAUCAUUUCAUGUUAUGAUGCUGAAGCCUGUCCAGGCAGAAAAAUAAACAAAUCAGCUGGAACUGAUACAAAACUA